CUGGGGGUGCUGCAAGUAGAAAAGCUCUCCCAUAAGCAGGCAGGCAGGCUGGCUGGCUGGCUGGCUGCCCGGGCACGGACCGUUUCCACUGUCUGUCUGUCCGUCCGUCUCGUCUCGUCUCGUCUCGUCUCGUCUCGUCUCGUCUCAUUUCGCCUCGUCUCGUCUCGCUUCGUCUCGUCGCGUCUCGCCUCGUCUCGUCUCGUCUCGUCUCGUCUCGUCUCGUCUCGUCUCGUCUCAUUUCGCCGCGUCUAGUCUCAUCUCGUCUUUGCCUCUUCGCUCUUCUUCUUGCCUCUUCGAUUUUAUUACACACGUACGUACGUACGCGCACAUGACAUCUUGUUGUCGGUCUCUCUGGUAUACCAUGGUUUCGACACACCAUGUAAAUAACGUGUCCACGGUGUGGCUCGAAGCAAGAGGGAAGAAGAACACGCGAGAGUUUUGCUAAAAGUUUGCCGAACUUCCUUCGUCAGAGGAGUUCUGUAUCUGUUCCUUUUAGUUUGAUUGUGUGAUUGCCUCGUGCCGUGCGGUGGGCGUACGCGCGGUACGGUUCACAGCUGUGACCUUGGGAAGCAGUGACAGUGCGUGUCUCUGACCUUGGCACGGGGGUUCGCCAAGUUCCCCGAUGGCAGCGCGAGCACCGCUGCCAGCCGCGACGACAGCUGAUCGACCACCGGCCAAGUGGAGUUCCAACGGAGGAUGUUCAUCGACCGGAUUGCCUUACCGAGCAUAAUCAGACUUUAGGCGAGUCACGAAGAAUGAACAUCGUGCGGCGAAAUACGCGUGGAAAAAUCGAAGAAACGGAAGCCGGUGAGGCUUGCCGCUUGGACGAGGUUAUACAUUAACGAUGGACAACUGCGAAACGGGAACAGAUGCACCAGCACGAGUUGUCAGACGUUCGCAGAGCAUGAAGAGGAGAAGAUUCGCCUGACUUCGUAGACACGUUCGGUGCCAGUUUGGAGGAUGGAGGAGUCCUCACCAAGGAUUCGUUCCUAUCUGGAAUGCUGGGACAGACGUAAGGAAGAGAAAAUGUCCAAGAGAUCCUGUUAAAUGGAAUUUAAAGGCAAGCAGAACGAAGACAAGUACUCGGUGGCGAACAGCCAAGCACCGUUGCAGGCCGGCGAGGAGGAACACCCGGAACGUGGCACAUGGACGGGGAAAUUCGACUUUCUGCUGUCUCUCCUGGGCUACAGCGUCGGUCUUGGCAAUGUCUGGCGAUUUCCGUACCUAUGCUACUCGAACGGGGGCGGCGCUUUUCUAAUACCGUUCACGGUGAUGCUCAUUAUCGCCGGGCUGCCCCUCAUGUUCAUGGAGCUUUCCUUAGGGCAGUACGCGAGCCUUGGCCCAGUGGCGGCGUACAAACGUUUCUGCCCCCUCCUGCGUGGCUUGGGAUACGGAAUGGUGUUGGUCAGCUCGGUGGUGAUGCUCUAUUACAACUUGAUCAUCGCCUGGACCCUUUAUUACAUCUUCGUCUCCGUGGCCGGGGCAGGUAAACUGCCAUGGAGCAAGUGCGAGCCACCAUGGAGUACGGAAGACUGCUUCAUGCCAGAAGCUGCCGAGGCCUGCGUGUCUCAAAACAUGAGCUACUUCAAAGGGAAAUGCUUAAAUUCCACUCAGAUGGCCUCCAUGGGCCUGACUAUCGAAAAUAUCACUAGUGCCAUUAGAAGACCACCGGCUGAGGAAUAUUUUAACAAUCACGUGUUGGGGAUGAGCAGUGGUAUCGAGGAGACAGGUUCGAUUCGACCCUCGAUGGCAGCGAACCUUCUGCUAGCAUGGAUCAUCGUCUUCCUCUGUCUGAGCAAAGGUGUACAAAGCUCGGGGAAGGUUGUCUAUUUCACUGCUCUCUUCCCAUACGUCGUUCUGAUCGCUCUUUUCAUUCGGGGAAUUUUACUUCCCGGCGCCAACGAGGGCAUUCUCUUUUAUCUAACGCCCGAUUGGAAAAGGCUAAUGUCCGCGAAAGUGUGGGGCGACGCCGCGGUGCAGAUCUUCUUCGCCUUGAGCCCUGCUUGGGGCGGUCUGAUAACGCUCAGCUCCUACAACAAAUUCACCAACAAUUGCUACAAGGACUCGUUGAUCGUCGCCGUCAGCAAUAUCGGCACUUCCUUUUUCGCUGGCUUCGUCAUUUUCUCUGUGAUCGGUUUCCUCGCCCACGAGCUCGACGUCCCUGUUGCGUCUGUCGUCGACCAGGGUGCUGGAUUAGCGUUCAUUGUUUAUCCUGAGGUAGUAGCUCGUUUACCAGUUGCACCAGUCUGGUCGCUGCUCUUCUUCGUGAUGUUGCUUACCUUGGGCCUCGAUUCUCAAUUUGCUCUGAUGGAAACCGUCACCACAGCGAUUCUCGAUGCCUUUCCAGCACUGAGAAAUUAUAAAUUAUGGGUUGUCCUGGCGGCAGCCGUGUUCGGUUACGCCGGCGGUAUCGUUUUCACUACCAACGCUGGCAUGUACUGGCUGCAACUGAUGGACAAAUACGCGGCGAAUUGGUCGGUGUUAUUAAUCGCUAUAGGCGAGUGUAUCUUGGUCGCGUGGAUCUACGGUGCGGAUCGAUUUCUCGACGACGUACAGCAGAUGAUCGGACCUCGCAGUCGUCUCUGGAGAUUCUUCUGGACCUGGAUGUGGAAAGUGAUUACGCCAGCGACGCUCUUUUUCAUUCUGUUCUUUAAUUGGGUCGAGUACGAGCCGCUUAAAUACGGUGGCUACGUUUAUCCGAAAUGGGCGGAUAUUGUUGGAUGGGUUGUCGGUAUAAUACCAGUUCUGGUCAUCGUUGGCUUGGCUCUCAGCCAAUUGAGGGACCGGCGUCCUCGUUCCGCCUACGACGACGACGACGACGACGACGACGACCUGGACAAUCGUCCGUCGUAUCAGAGAGCCGGCAGAGGGAGAACGAAGAAGAGCAACGGGAAGAACGUUUGGUGGCGGGCGAAGAUGCUUUUACAGCCGACUUCCGAUUGGGGUCCUGCGGCCAGGAAUGCUUCCACUCCGUCGAGAACGCUCACUCACACGCCGUCACCAGGACCACCAGGAGGAUACAAUUCCGUGAGAGACACCAUAGUCCUGGUGAACGGUCAGCCAAUGAUGGUGCAACCAUCGAGCACGUCCGGCACCGCUCAGAAACUUCCUGGACCGUCGAUCCUCAAGAAUUCUAGUAAAACCGAUUUGAUCACAUCGCAACAAGUCUGACACGAUGUUCAUUUUAUCUGUAAAGACGAGUCUGCCCAGAAAUCUAUUGCCAAAGAUACAACACGCCAAUAAAAGAUAGUUGCAUACUCGCAGAUAGGUUCGAUGACCAUCAACGAUCGAUCGGGUGGCGGUCAAUCGAAGAAGAAAAAAAAAAAAAAAAAGAGAAAUAUAUGACAGUUGAACGUUCCAAUAGAAGAGAGAUAUUCCUAUGAAUUUAUUUUUUUAACGAGGAAUAAUGGGUGUAUUUUUUUAUAUACUCGAACCUCACGACCCUUGUAUCUUCUAUUCCAAUAGAAUCUACAGUUUAUACGACAGUUGAAAUAUUCUUAUCAAUUGUUACAGUAUUAAUUUUAAAUUAUCAAUUUUAUAAAUGCGUUCUCUCUCUUUUUUUUAUUAUUAGAUCAAAUAUUUGAUAUUCUGUUUUUUUUUUUUUUAGAAAAUUUACAAUUCCAACGUAGGUUCGUAAUAAUUAGUUGUUAUCAUUUGAGAUUAAGUAGCAACUGUUUCGUUGUAAGAUAGCAUGUGUAAACUCGUAAUCGGUACAGCGGUUCGCGUGAAACGUGAGGGGAAAAGGAUUUGAAAGAA